ACGUGUGAAACUAUGAACAACCAGCCAGCGUCCAAUGGAUAUAAAUAAGCACAAGAAAUACAGUACUCUCGGAUUAUUUAUAUUAUCAAAGAUAUUAGAAAUUACAAGUUAAAGGGAAUCGAUGCCAAUGCAAAGGCAAUAGAGGAUUAUCUUCUGGGAUUGCGGUUGUUUCCAUCAUCAGUUGAUCUUAUUUUCUUUUGUCUUUAUAUUAUAAAGCUUGAGCAGACUUAUUUGUAUGGCUAGCUUAAUUGCCAGAGCAUUUGGCUCCUUAUUAUCGGUCAUCGCUUACUGUAUCUAUGGCUACCGAGGCAAGAAGAAAAGCGUCAGCACCAACAUCAAUUACUGCAACUUCAACAUGCCCAAGGGUCGACCACCACUUUCUUUGCAGACUGUGGACCUCAAAGUUAGGAUGUGCUGCACUGGUUGCGAGAGAAUAGUGAAGAACGCCAUUUACAAGCUUAGAGGGAUUGAUUCGGUGGAAGUGGACCUAGAAAUGGAAAAAGUGACGGUGAUCGGGUACGUUGAUCGGAACAAGGUGCUGAAACGAGUGAGGAGGGCUGGAAAGAGGGCUGAAUUCUGGCCCUACCCGGAUCCUCCUUUGUACUUCACCUCCACCACCGAAUACUUUAAAGACACAACAAACGAGUUCAGAGAGAGUUACAACUAUUACAGGCAUGGUUACAACCUGGGACAUAGGCAUGGCAACAUUCCAAUGACGCAUCGUGGAGAUGACAAGGUCAGCAACUUUUUCAACGACGACAAUGUCAAUGCGUGCUGCCUCAUGUAAAAAACUUGAUAUUUUCAUUUCCAUCAUCAUGUAAAUAUUAUUUGCAUUCAUAACUCUGAAUUUCCUCUAUGUUUAUUAUUAAUUAUUAUGUACUAAUUACUGUGAUUAA